AUGGCCAGGCCGGCGGCGCUGCUCCUCUUCCUCGUCCUCUCCGCCUUUGAGGCCGGGGAGCUUCCACGCUGCUCUGCCUCUGCUGCUGCAGGUAAACCAGCCGUCCUCGUGCACGACUUGAGUCCGGUUCAGGACACCAACCCCAUCGCGACAGUCCCCUCCAAUAACCCGACGCCCACCACUAUCACCGUGCCUUCCACGAAUCCCACCAUCACCAUCCCUUCCUUGAACCCUCUGCCCACGCCCAUUACAGCCCCCUCAACAAACAUCCCUUCUCCUUCUUCCACCAUGCCGCCGCCGGUUCCAGUCAUAUAUCCGCUGCCAACGCCGUCAACCUGCUUCCCACCUACCGUGCCGGUCACCAAUCCUGCUGUCACCACACCUUCCACGUCCCCUCCGUCCACACCAAUACCAUUCAACAACCCACCGGUGUCGAACCCGACACCGACUCCUGCUCCUACAGUCACAGCUCCGGGUGCAUCAGGCCGGCAGGUCUGGUGUGUGGUCAAGGCUGCUGGCUCAAGUGACCCCGCGCUCCAGAAUGCGUUGGACUAUGCGUGCGGCAUUGGUGGAGCAGAUUGUUCGGCGAUUCAGCCGUCGGGGAGCUGCUACUAUCCGAAUACCAUCCAAGCCCAUGCGUCCUAUGCUUUCAACACUUAUUACCAGAGGAACCCUGUGCCUUCCAGCUGCGACUUUGGGGGGGCAGCAAUGCUCCUGCUGGUCUGCGACACAAAGGAAUGGAAGGGAAAUCUCUAA